AUGGCAGAUUUUAAGUUCAAGAAAAAGUUUACCAGUAGACUGGCAGAGAUUUCCGCGGGUGUUUGCCAAGCGGUCACAGAGUGCGGAGGAUGGUUUGAUCUCGGCUUCGGCAAACGAGGAGGCUUGAAUGAAGUCUUGAUGGAUGGGCUGAAAGUCUACUGGUCUGCUUUUGGCUGCCUUGCUGGCCACAAAGAUGGAGCUGUUGUGUUCUGCGUCCGCUUUCUAGAUGAGACGGAAUUCAAGGAACAGUUCGAAGAGUGCUCUGUACCUACUUCGGCAUCGGAUGACUCCCUCAAGCGGAAGCGCGUCAUAUAUCCAUCCGUGAACGAGAAACUAUUUCCUGAGCUCGGAAGAGGAACCGAUGACACGGCCGACGAACAAGAUCUGAGUGGCUUCGGCGAGCCAGAUGCUGCUGAAAGUUGCAACAGCACGUUGCGCUUGGAUAAAGAGGUUCGUGCCCAUAUAUCACACCGAUUUCUCUGCAAUGCCCUCACGCACAUAAUUUUUGUACGGAACCAGCAAACACAUGACAGGCUCCGAAGCAAGCUGCGCUGUUUGGCCACGCGUGCUACCAUUUUUGCAAAUGGCCACGAAUCUCUCAUCCAGCCAGGUGUUAAUGGGAAGGUCUUGAUGGAAGCAAUGGCUGGUGUUCCAGUGGUCUGUCUUCACAACACAGGUGGUGCAGCUGAGAUGCUUGGGGCUUCUGUGCUGAAGAGGCGCCAACCAACCCUUCUCCUGGAUAGGUUUGGGUAUAACUAUGACCUACCUGAGCAUGUCCCUGAUGACCAGUUCCUCAUUUUGAACCCUGCCAAAGACUCUGUCGAAAAAGUCAUCAACAAACUGACUCUCGUGCUGUCCACUGUUCAAGAUGAUGAAAUGAUGGAAGUUGGCUUCGCCAAGAGUGAAGAGAAUCGGCUGCGCUAUGCCUGGGAGCAGCAUUUGUUGUUUGCCCACAACGCGGCCAUCUUCCGACGGACCGCCAGAUUUCUGCACUACAUCGCCAUGCUGCUUUCGGUCAUCGUGACCGUUGUGGCUGUCCUUUAUCAAGAAAGCAAGAAAGCAGCAGAUGGGCCCUUGCAGGAAGCAGAACUUAAAGUAGCUUUGCUGGUUUUGCCCUGUGUCAGCGCAUUCGUCCUGAGCUCCAUCAGUCGUCUGAGCCCGGUAAACAAGUGGGCUGCUUUGGAAAGCGGGUCUGUGCACAUGAAGAGUGAGAUCUAUCAGUAUCGGUGUCGUGUGCUGGACUAUCAGCCCCGCAAAGCCAGCAACAUGGAUAUUGAAGAUCGCGUCGCGGAUCUGUGUGAUCACCCGUGUGGUGGCGUUGCAGAUGAUGCCGCUGCUGCGUCGGAGGCAUCCAGAAGAAGACGAAAUAAAGCCAAAGCAUCCGUGGCAAACAAGAUGAGUAGGCGAGGUGCCUUCGCAGCAACUUUAGAGCAGAUCAACUCCGAUGCUAUUGGUUCGGACGUUCGGUCUGAUUACCUGCAAAUGCCGCCAAGUUAUGCCAUGAACGACCUCCUUGCCAAUCUGUAUGACUGGAACCAUGUUUUUGCAUCCUAUCAGAGGCGGAACAGCUCAUACCGCGCUUGCUGCUGGCAGAUGCUUCAUGAUUUCUGCCGCUGUUCAAGUCGUCAGGAUCAUGCAGAAUUCAGUGAGACGGACAAUCCCUGGAGCAAAACCGGUGGUGACUUUUAUCAAAAUCCUAAUGUUAUCGAGGAUGACUUUUUGAAGGACGACGGUUUAUCACUGGUCACAGCCGAGGACUACAUCCACUUCCGUUUCUUGCCCAUGCUGCAGUACUACACUCGGCGCAGCCGAGUUCUUUCCAGAAUGGUGCAAGCUAUUCAGGUGACAGUCUUUUUCUUGACAGGGGUGCUUGCAGCGGCAGGCCCGCUUGGGUUUGAUGCAUGGAUACCCGUUGUGGUGUCAUUCAUUUCCUUCCUCACUGGCAUUCUGGAGUUUGAGGCUUUGUCAUCCCAGCUCCGCAAUGUAAACCAAUCGCUGGAGUCUCUGAAGAACCUUCACUUCUGGUGGCAGAGCUUGUCCAUGGUGGAGCGGAGAAUGCCGUCCAACAAGAAUGAGUUAGUUGCAUUGACCGAGGCAACAGCAGAUAGUGAGAUCUCUGCUUGGAAGAAGACCUUGAAAAUGAAGAGUGCGAGGUCAGCGAACGCUGGAGGAGAUGAGAAGGAGGAGGAUGCAGUCGAUCGUCGGAAUCACGACGACUGA